AUGGCGCAAUCGAUCAACCUGCCUUCGAUACGCCCCACUGCCUUCCUGUCCACCGCUUCGUCUCUGAAGUCUGCGACCAGGUACAACGGUACUCUUCGCGGCCUCGCUUCCUUCAAAGACUCUCGUCGCCCAACAGAUCCUGCUCUCUCUGCUGUACCCAGUCGGCGGUCAUUACAAAGCUCUCCCAACUACCACGAAGAGGCCCAGAGGCUCUCUCAACAUCUCGCACAGUCAAAAGUCGGCGUAACAGAGCUCAACUCGCUCCUCUCCGCCCUUGCCCGUCCACCUAUCAAGUCUUCCCGUUCAGAGGACCCCGUCGUAAGGUUCCAGCGUAAAGCCCGCUUCAACGCUCUCCUAGAUACCUUCCACUCGGCCACAGUCUGUUCGGCCGAAGAGACAGAGGCCACUCUAGAGGAACACUUCAACCAAUUCGCUCAAGACGCACUUCACCUUCCCUCGUCUCCACACGUAGUCUUGCAGGGCAUCGCUUCAAGUAUGACGGAGCCAUCCCUGAACACCACUGGCAACGCCGGCGCUUCGUCCUCGGCCGAGGCCAUCAGUGAGACCAACCCUGGCAAGCUGGUCAGCGCGGCUGCCAUUGCCAAGCCCUUUGUCGAUUCCAUUACAUCCCAGAUCGAGUCUCGAGUCACCUCUGGUAAGAGACGCCCGCGCCUUGUAGGUAUCCUGGCCACUCCCUCACCGCCCUCGAUUGCUUAUGCAGAGUGGACGAAGAAGGCAUGCGAGUCGGUCGGUAUGGAAUUUGACAUCUGGAGGACCUGGGACCAGGCAGAGGGUGCAGAGCCUCCCAGCGAGGACGACAAGAAGCCUGGACUGGAGGACGACGUUGAGGACCUCAUCAUUGCGGCCAAUGCCGAUGAGACUGUCGAUGGUAUCAUGGUCUACUUUCCCGUCUUUGGUGGACGACAGGACACCUACUUGUCGCAGAUCAUCAAGCCAUCCAAGGACGUAGAGGGUCUUUCCUUCUCCUUUGCAUGGAACCUCUACCACAAUGUACGCUGGAUUGCUCCUUCUCAGCUCGGAGGAGCUCCAGGAGCUACAGCAGAGGGUAACGUCUUGACGCAACACGAGAAGGAGCAGGUCACUGCCUCUCUACAGGGCAAGAAUCACGAUCACUCUCUUGGCAACGACGAGGCAGUUCCUCCUGGACUGGUCAAGGGUAUCCUUCCCUGCACACCGCUAGCCAUUGUCAAGUGUCUAGAAGCAAUGGGCGUCUAUGAUCGAUCCUUGCCAUACGGAGAUCGACUGAGGGGCAAGACCAUCACCGUCAUUAACCGCUCUGAAGUCGUAGGCCGACCACUAGCAGCUCUCCUCGCCAACGACGGCGCCCGCGUCUUCUCGGUGGACUUGGACUCGAUUCAAGAAUUCUCUAAGCGGGGUCGAUCUGGCAGCAGCGAGCAGGCUGGUGAGCAGGAAGCUCCUCACGUCCCUUCAAAGGCGGUCCGCUCCGCUAGGGAACGCAACGCCUCGUCCCGUGUGCGACCCCACCACAUUGUGCGUCCCUCCCCCCUGCAGGAUCAGGCAAGCUGCGUAGCCGCCUCAUCCAUCAUCAUCUCCGGCGUGCCCUCUGCGAACUUCAAGGUCCCCACCGACUCCAUCAACCCCGGAUCCGUCGUGGUCAACUUCUCUAGUGAGAAGAACUUUGAAAAGGACGUAAGAAGACGGGCGGCUGUUUACCUUCCUGCGGUGGGAAAGAUGACGUGCACGAUGCUGCAGAGGAACCUUUUGAGGCUGGUUGAGGCAAAGGAUAUGAUUGAGGAUGGGUCGGGGAGGUAG